AUUUAUUGAUUUGGAGCUUCCCCUGCCCCCUCAACCAUCUCUGGGGAACAAGGGAGUACGGCAACGGAUCAAAGCCAGGGAGAGAGGGACCGAGAGAGAAAGGGAGAGAGCGAGAGCGAGAGCGAGAGAGAGAGAGAGAGAGAGAGAGAGAGAGAGAGAGAGAGAGAGAGAGAGAGAGAGAGAGAGAGGGAGAGAGAGACUGUUAAAUGCACUUGGCCGGUAUAUUCUAGGGUGAUCCAAAUAUUGCUUAAUCAGACCGUCUGAGAGAGAGAAGAAGAAGAGACUGAGGAGGACAGAACAUGAGGGAGAGUGUUUCUUGGUCUGUUUUAGAGAAAGAGAAGAGAAAACAUAAGGGGGAGCUUUGGAGAGAGAAAAGCGAAAGAUGAGGGAGGGGGACAAGAGAAAGAGGGGAAUUAAUUAACUUAGAGACUUCUAAGGGCUGUGGAUAUGUUUUUCCUUUCUUGAGAAAAAGACUUGUACCAAAAUAAGAAAAAACAAUUCUUAACAUCUAAAUAUUGUUGAUUCUCUAAAUGUUGUUUUUCCACCCUGCAAGUGAGCACUGAAAAGCAUAUGCGUGAAGAAAUCAGAUGGACGCGACUGAGAUAGAUAGAGAAAGGCAAGGCAGAGAAUUCUGACAUGGUGUCGACCCAAAUUGACAGAGACAGAGUGGGAAGAGGAAGGAGUUGGAUAUUCAGUGAUAGAUGCAUCUACCACCAAACACAGAUUAUUGCGUUUGACGAGCUGUGCACAGACUUCAAGAACCCAAUCGAUCAGAGCAACCCCACCAGAGCGAGGGAAAGAAUUCUGAAUAUUGAAAGAAUAUGCAACUUGCUGCGGAAGCUGGUGGUGCCAGAGUACUCCAUCCAUGGGCUUUUCUGCCUGAUGUUCAUGUGUGCUGGGGAGUGGGUCACCCUGGGCCUAAACAUCCCCCUGCUCUUCUACCAUCUCUGGAGGUUUUUCCAUCGGCCGGCAGAUGGGUCAGAGGUCAUGUAUGACCCUGUCAGUGUGAUGAAUGCAGACAUCCUGAACUACUGUCAGAAGGAGUCCUGGUGUAAACUGGGCUUCUACCUGCUCUCCUUCUUCUACUACCUGUACAGGUGAGGUCAUAUUACAGUAUGGUCUAUGCCUUGGUGAGUUUCUAAACACAGAAUAGAAGACAAAGCAACAAAGAGGAGAUUUAAAGACAGUAAAAGAGAAAGUGCAUGCAAGACUAAGACUGGGUGAUGUCACUCACCCUUCUUUCUCACCACCCAUUACUCCAUCACAGACCAUGUUUUGCUCUCCUCAAAUCUUUGGAUGGAGGGACGAACAUCGGAGGACAUUGUGAGGAAAUUAGGCAAAGCAAAGAGACUUUGUUGAGCCUGCUCAGACACUGCCAAGACAUAUAGAAGAGGAGGAGCAGACAGAGAGGAGCCACUGAAAUAAUGAAGAGAAAGAGAGAACACAUCUUAGCCAGUGUACGGGAUGCCUUGAUCUGACCACAUCACGUCUUAAGGGCUGCGGGUCUCCUCUGCUAUUCUUAGUGAUACUGUCACUCAACUGUGAAUUUAUCAACUUUGUGUUGCCUAAGUCCUAGUGUAGAUGUUGCAGAUUCAUACAUCAAUAUCCUUCCAUCCCAAUAAACCUCAUCAUUUUAGAAAAUAAACACGUAUUUAGUUAUUCUCCUAAUUUGGUUAUUAUUUAUUAGUUCAAUAAUUCAGUAGUUGUGGUAGAUCAUAUUCUGAGGAUAUGAAUAGCUAGUUGUUUAAGCAGAUAAAUACACCAUUCAAUUCUACUAUUUUGAUCUAGAGUGAUAGCAAUUGUGUUAUUCACAAAUAUCUAAUUUAUGUAGUUUAUGAAGUCAACAACACAAACACAUAAUAUGAACUGAACAUAUGAACACAACAUGAACCAAUGGAGCAAGCCUAGUGGAGAAAUAACAAGCUGUAACACUGUUUUGAUUACGAUACAAUGGGCAUAAGAUUCUGCGAAGGAUCGCGGACACCCUGGAGCAAUGUUUGAGUCUAGGUCCAUCCCAAUCAAAGCACUAUCUCCCAGCCCCCGUUCCUGCCCAGGGCAAACAGGCGGAUUUCUUUCCAACAAACAAUUAUUCAGGCUUGAAGGGGAUGUUUUAGCUCUGGCUGAGAUGGUACUUGGGUGUUUAAGUAUUCUGUGUUUGUCUGUUCUGUUCUAGCCUGGAAGGGAUGAUUUCACCUGGACAUUCCAAGCUCUGUGCUCAGUGAUUCUAGAUUCUAGAAAUCUCAUUCAAGAAAAGCAAUAGCUAGGAGUGAUUACUGUACAUGGGAUCGUAUUUCCUCUGUGGACUAAUACUGUGUGACACAAGUAACUGAUAAGGCUGCUAAAGAUGAUGAUGUUGAUAGGGUUGCAAUGAUGACUGUGUCAAGCGCAGAAAAGCGUCUCACAUAGAACAUUAUGGUGGGACUUACAUACUGUAACUGUUUUCACUCAUAGGUGUCACAGUGAAUAUUGUCGGACACUUUAGUUUUUGGUUCAUUUCAAAGCCGUGACUUAGCUGGUGCUGCCCUCAUCGUCAGGAAUCCAUAGCGCUAUGUGUAGAUAAUUGAUAAUGAUCGGUCUGUGUGAUGUUAAAAUCAUUAGAGAAAUGGGUAAUACUGGAACUUGAAAAAUACAUGUAAACUGUGUGAUUAUUUAUUAUAAACUGACCAUAAUUGUAGUAAUUAAUUGUUUACAACAGUUCUGAUAGGGUUCACAUUGGCAUCUGAACACACACAGAGCCCUGCAUUAUAAUGGAGUCACUCACAUUUUAGUAACGUGUCAAUAUUGUUCAGCUAGGUUUCUUGUGCCAAGACACAUACAGUAUGUUUACAGUGGCUUGCGAAAGUAUUCACCCCCUUGGCAUUUUUCCUAUUUUGUUGCCCUACA